AUGAGGCAAGCUCCGGCGGUCUUUGCCGCCCCUAUUACUAAGUCUCCUCAAUGGGGAAGUUUAGAUCACACAGGAAGACUCUCCAGGGUCUCCGAAAAGGGGCAAGAUGCCAGCAAUCUGGACGUCAAACUCCAGCGGAGAGCCAUCGUGAAAUGUACAGCCCCCACCACUACCAACAACGUGCAGGGAGACCUGGCAAUGCCAGUGUGGCAGACAGUUGGAAGGCAGAGGACGGUAGAUGGCAGAACAAGAACUAGCAUCAAUGACAUUUUCCUCACUGAGCCCACCACAGAAAUGAGCUCCCUUCCUGUGCGCUCUCACAGCUCCUUGCCCUUGAACCUCACUUCACUGAUGGCUAUUUGCAGAGGAGUGAUUAAGUCGGUGAUUCACUUUAGGACGCGGUGCCCUCUGAAGCUGACUAAACACACGGGGCCCACGUUAGGCCCAGUACCAUGGAAGGAACUAAGGAUUAGUCACCGGCCCAAUGAAUGCAUCAGACACUCAGCUUCAGUUCCCAUGGCAACAGGGGCUAACGGUCUAGGGACUAAGGAUGAGACAAAGAGAAACGCGGAGAAACGUACGUGUUCUGUCUUCCUCUGA